CGACACGUCGCACCCCACACCUAGUGCACCACUCCGUGUGCGAUCCUGUAGUCACUGAGUUCGCUCUGUUGAGGUCUUUCUGCGACAUCUCAAGCUUCGUCUCCCUCUCAGCGGCCAACCACAUCCAUCGUUGUCCCUAAGCCUCUGAAAUCCGCAUACGCAAGCGAGCAAGAAAACAGAGCCAGUUGACAGUCAUCAUGAAUCGCCACCAUCCGUACGGAGGUGGAUACGACAACAACAACUCCCGCCGAGGAGGAGGUCCUGUUGGUGCUGGGCCCGAACGAACGCCGCGCUUUGCAGGUCGUGGCCGAGGACGUGGCCGAGGCGGCGGCGGCGGCGGUGGCGGCUACGACCACCACAGCAACAACAUGAGCAAUGGUGGUGGUGGCGGUGGGUAUGGACCCCCGCCCUCCGACCUCUCGAUGGGCGGCCCUUAUAUGAAUUAUGGCGGUCCUCCGCAAGACGCCUAUUAUCAAAACACGGGGUAUUCUCAAGGCCCCCCUCAGUAUGCUGGGCAGAAUCAACAGAAUCAGGGCUAUCGGAACUACAAUGAAGGUUCUGCGGAUCCCGCAGGUUACAAUCAAGGUUAUGAUGCUGGUCGUCGCCCGCCUCGAAAGGACAAAGACGACAAGGCACACGAUUCGAUUAUUGAAGAACGUAUCCAGCGUGAACGCCCGUGUCGGACGCUAUUCAUCAGGAAUAUUAAGGCUAGUGAGCUGCCGACUGAGCGCAUCGAUUCUCUGACCUCGAUGCAGUAUGAAACGGAUAGUGAUGAAGUAUAUCGACAGUUCCAGGAACAUGGAGACAUCAAGACUUUCUUCGACUUGAUUUCCACGCGCGGCAUGGUUUUUGUGACCUACUUUGAUCUGCGCUCAGCUGAACGUGCCCGAGACCGACUGCAAGGAUCCGAGAUCAGUGGACGUCCUAUUGAUGUCCACUACUCUCUCCCUCGUGACGAUCAGAACAAGAGCGAGCGCGAGAGGAGUCAAGAACUGCAAGGGUGUCUGCAGGUCACUCUCCGGAGUUCUGUGUCUAAUCUACCCAUCGACGAUAAUGAAGUGCGGAUAAAAUUCCAGCAAUUCGGGGAUGUCAAAGCAGUCAAGCCUGUCGACAACCGCUCAGAUUCACGUUAUGUCGAAUAUUAUGACAUGCGCGCUUGUGACGAGGCUUUCAACCGCCUGCGGCAUCAAGGACUGCAAGACGGAGUGAUGGAUAUAGUUUAUGCGUGGGACACUACCGACACUUCCAGUCCACACGGCGCUGAAGACAGAGGCGGUCGCGGUGGUCGUGGUGCUCCGCGGGGUAGGGGUCGCGGUCGAGGUCGUGGCGGUGGUGGUGGGUACGACGAGGGUGGAGGCCGUCGGCCACGCGACGACGACUAUGGUCGGGGUGGUCGCGGAGGUUAUGGACCGCGCGGGGGUUACAGCAAUGAUCGCUUCGAUAACCGCAACAGCUACGGUUCGGGAUAUAACCCGCCGCCCUCAAGUGGCGGUGGCGGGUAUGAGACAGGAGGAUAUGGGCCACCAGGAGCGGGUGCUGGCCCAGGUGCAUUUUCCCCACCCGCUGGACCAGCAGACGAUCGCUUGGAACAAGCUCGGAAAGUGCAAGCGCUUCUUGCAGCUCUCAAGCCAGCAGAAGCCGCGCCACCUGUUGGCCCCCCUCUUGGGGCUCAGCCACCACUCGGACUGCCACCCCCAGGCAUGCAAGCGCCCUACUACGCAGGACCGCCUGCUCCACAAAUUGCACCCUAUCCUCCUCCAUCCGCUGGUCCGCCAUCAAACAGCUAUGGGAUGCCACCACCACCAGUAGCUCCUCAACUAAACCCAGCUCUUAGCGCGCUUCCGCCCAAUCUACUGGCGCUCCUGCAGCAGGCGCAGGCAAAUAAUCAGCAGAGCCAAUUCCCCGGUGCAGCUGUUACGCCUCCACCCGGUGCGAUGCCGCCCAUGAAUUCUCAAUCUCCGCCGCCUGCUGCGAAUCCGCAGCAGUAUCAGCAGAUGUUACUUUACCAGUUGCGUCAAGCAGCGGCUAAUGGCAAGCCUCCACCUUCUUAGGAUCGACAGUGAUCCUGCCUUCGUGUGUAAUUCUGACCCUUGCUGUGCUUCUGAGAUGUAUCUGUACUGCUUGAGGGCACCUAUAAAUCUUGUAUCUACCACCUAACGUAGUUGCAUCCUGCCCACAGCCUAACCUUCGUUCACUCAAAAAGGCAAUUCCGGAAACGUAACCACGGAAGCAUCGGUACUCACCAACUUGACAUCUACCUUCACCAUGCUAGUACUGUCGCGGCUACAAGACUCUUUGCGACAAACGUUAUCGCCCACGCUACAUACCGCAGUGCUUCUCUCACCCUCAGGACAACUCAUCUCCUUCGCAUCUCAUGCCUCUCGGACGAAGGAUGAGGUCCGCGUGAUCGCUGGCCUAAGUGGAGAGGUAUGGCAAGAAACUCAAGAUCCUUACGGGAUGGUUACUUGUGAGGUGCGUGUGCGCCGUUUGCACUUCCGACUGCGCGCAAAGUCCGACGCACAACUGAUGUACGGCAGUUGGGUCGUAUCGUUGUCCUCCCCAUCGAUGUACCGCCUGAGGCGCGUCCACAACCACAUCCUCUCCCCGAAGACUAUCAACCUCUCAUGUUGCUCGCCCUCAAUUCAACGGAAGAGAUGGACUGGGAAGACCUGCGGAUCAAGGCAUGUCCCCGCGACGACUCAGCAUUUGCGCUCUGACCCGGAGCUUCAGGGCAAGGCGCUCGCCAACCAGAUGGCCAAGCCUCUGAGCAAGUUCAGAGAUCAUUUGGCAGUGCGCAAGCCUCCUCCCAUGCCGUCCGCAAUGACGUCUCCCGUCCGAACACGAUGAUACGUAUCACUCGUGUAUUUUUUCUGAAGGAUUUCGGGGGAGUGCUCUAGAUAUACGCUGGUGCGUGCGCGGGCUCUGUGCCUUUAAUUUCGAUACCAUAGACAGUGGAUUAGAUUUGUACGAUAAACGCGGGUUCGCAGAAAAUGGAAACUGCCAAACCAAAUUCGUCCACCGUCGAAACGUAACCGUUUCUCGCUUCUUCUCACCUCACUCAUCCACUACUUGCUUUCAUUGGCGCGCCAGCCUUUGACUCUUAGAGUAUGAGACGAUGGGGCGCACAUGUUGCCUCUGCCGCCGUGCGCCCAUGCCGCCGCCGAUUUUAUUCUGUGCUCGCCCAAAAACUUGAGCAGGCAUCGCACUCGUCACCGGCUUCACCCGCCCAGGCGUUUUCGGUGCCGCCCGCGGCGAAACGACGCGACCCGGCUGCCCCUGUAACACUCGAGCUUGAGCAACUGCGGACGAACCUCCUCACUCUUCUCGGGUCGGCGCACCCAGGGCUCGAUGAACUGGCAAAAUACUACUUCCUGCAUCCGUCGAAGCAGAUGCGGCCCAUGCUCGUGCUGUUGUUUGCGCGCGCGACGAAUGGACUGGGGAACAGCUGGAGGGAGAGGGCGUGGGCAGCGCAAUGUGAAGGGGCGGGAGGGCGGGCGGAGGAGCUUGAUCUACCGUUGGCGCGCGCCGACGUUUUGAACGACUGGAAUCCGAGUAUGCCCGACAGUACGACGUCGUUUGAGACCGUUUUCUCGUUAACGGCGCCCACGAUACGUGUUGAGCGUCCGCCACUGCCGCCAGAAUUCUUGUCGUCGCUGUUGACCCCGACAUUGGAUGCAACGUUACUACCGACCCAACGCCGCCUCGCGCAAAUUGUGGAGAUGAUACAUGUUGCGUCGCUGUUGCACGACGACGUCAUUGACACGUCAGACCUUCGCCGCGGCGCCCCCUCUGCACCGGCAGCCUUUGGGAACAAACUGUCCAUCCUCGGCGGCGAUUUCUUGCUAGGACGAGCAAGUACUGCACUCUCGCGGCUGGGAGACUUAGAGGUGGUGGAACUUAUCGCCAGUGUUAUUGCGAAUCUCGUGGAAGGUGAGAUUCUGCAGAUGAAGGAUGCAUUCGCAUCAGAGUUGGGCCUGGACCUUCCCAGUGUCAGCAAAGAUGCCUGGAACCUUUACUUGAAGAAGACAUACCUCAAGACGGCUAGCCUUAUGGCAAAAGGAUGUCGAGCCUCGGUGAUUCUCGGCGGCUGCGAGCAGGGUGAAGUGUGGAAAGAGGUCGCUUACGCGUACGGGAGAAACAUUGGGCUUGCGUUCCAGGCGAGUGUAUAUUCAUUACCUCAAGGGCGACAUACUCAUGCGGAAACCAGUUGGUGGAUGAUGUGCUGGAUUAUGAGGCUGGCGAGGCAACGUUAGGCAAACCAGGAGGAGCCGAUCUUCAACUGGGUCUUGCCACCGGACCUGCAUUGUAUGCUUGGGAAGAGCAUCCAGAAAUGGGCCCCCUUAUCAUGCGCAAAUUCGAGCAGCCCGGGGAUGUUGAGCUGGUUCGUGUCUAGCCCUUUUACAUUUGCACGUAGUUGAAGAGCACACAGGCACGGGACCUUGUCCGCCGCUCCUCGGGGGUGGCCAGAACAAGGGAACUGGCGUACGCACAUUCCGAAAAGGCACGCGAAGUGCUGCAGCUGCUGCCGGACAGUGAGGCCAAGGCAUCCCUAGAGCUAUUGACGGAACGGGUUAUAACAAGGACUUCGUAAAACAUGACUUUAUUCCGAGACUAACAUCCACCCAAAAGUAUGACGAAAAAUGCCAAUGCUGUCAGGGUGUCCAUCCGAAUGUUUGUCGAUGUACAACCCUGAAUGUUAGUUAUCGGCGCAUAGAACCGAUGUCUCGG